CUGUUGUGUGCUUAAUAUCUAGGUCAUAUCGCUUGGACGUUGUCGGCGAGUUGUGUUCACCGAAUCUAGCAAACGCUAUCCACGUGCACGAGCAGUAAAUAUGUCCAAAGAUGAUAGAACAGUUGUGAAUCCAGGUGAAGUAAUUCGACCGUACGUUGACCUGGACAUCGUUAAGAAAUUCGUUAAGUGUCUCUAUGACUUGGAUGUUGUGGAUGGAAAAGAACUUAACAGUUACGAUGAUAGAAAUUAUCAUGUUAUUGUAUCCGAGGAAACGACCAAUGAACAUAUCAGACAUGUUUGUGUCCAUGGUUACGUGCUGAAAGUACUCAAUUCUCUGGAUUCAAGGCAUGAGGAUUACGUAGAGGCACAGAAUGACAUGAUUUUACAUGUGGCAGAAAAAGGCAUUCCUACACCUCGUCCGGUCAAAAAUGUUACAGGAAAACUUAUGUCACUUGAGAGUUUCCCAUGUGACAAGAAAUUAUGUCAAAAUCAAGAUCUGCGUUGUGUGGUCCGGCUGCUUGAGUAUCUCCCAGGCCGCAUCCUCCUCGGUGUCCCCUACACCAUGUCACUACUGUCACAGAUAGGUCACCUGACGGGUCGCUUAGACAACGCUCUCGCGGACUUCCAACAUCCAGCACACACACGACACCGACGGAUCUGGAACCUGUCUGAGCUGCCGGACAUUCAGAAAUUUAUUUACUGUAUCAAGGACGAUCACAGAUCGAACCUCAUACAGGAGGUCUUAGACAGCUUUCGUUGUGACGUCACUAACAACUAUGACCUUCUGAAGACAGGAACGCUACAUGCUGACGUCAACGAUUAUAACGUUCUUGUGAGUGAACAUCCUACUAAUGGUUUGUAUGACGUCAUUGGCAUCCUGGACUUUGGAGAUUCCGUGUACUCGUGUUACGUUUUUGAGAUAGCUAUAAUAAUGUGUUAUGCAAUACUGGGAAGUGACGUCAUAGACCCCAUUGAUGCAGGAGGUCACACACUUGCUGGCUACUUACUGGAGUUUUCCCUCGGAAGGGAAGAUUUGAAGGUCUUAAAACAAUGUGUGUGUGCAAGAUUUGCACAGUCUCUCGUGAUGGGGGCGUAUUCUGCCGAAAACGAUCCAGAAAAUGCUGAGUAUGUACUCUCAACGGCACAGAAAGGGUGGACAACUCUAAAAUCCUUGUGGGAUAUGCCUAAACGUGACCUCUACGAUCGAUGGGACCAGAUAUGUCGAGAACAAUAUGGAAUCGACACUGAUUUUGGCAUUAAUCUGUAGUAUAAACAAUGAUUGCCGCCGUUGAUCCUUUCAAAAGAACACAGACAAAUGAAUUCGGUUCAAUUUGUGGUUUAUUUAAAAUAAUUUAAAGCAGAGGAAAGAUAGUAAAAGUAGAGAAAGAGUGGAAAUGAGCACUGUAAAUUAACAUUGUCACCUAUGACUUGGUGACAUUAUAGAUAAUGAAUGAUAUUAUCAUACAAGUUCAAACUCACAUUGAUAUGAUACACACACACACCACGCAUGGGUCCUAUAGGCCGGCUGUUACACUUACAUAAUGUAACCGGUUAUUUAUACGGCAGCCGAUAAAAAACUACAGAAAAUGCCUGUCGAAAAAUACACAGUCUACGUAAACAUUUCAAUAUACAUGUUGCAUAAUACAAUGAUACAAUCUAUAUUACAGUCCAUGUGUAUUUGGACCAACCCGGAUGUGUAUUAAACAUUGUAAAACGUU